UUCUUCGGGUAAGAGAUGUUCAGUCAGCAAAGGAUGCCAGUGGCAGCAAUAGGAGAGAACACCAAGCAAGAGGUGUCGACACAUUGCGUGGUUGGAGGGGCACACGCCUUCAUUCUUAGGAUAUCCAGUUUCUUCGGUCUAGCGCCGCUUAGGUUCGAGACGCAGUCCAACGGGUUCACAGUCACUAUAUCUAGCGCUAUGUGCAUAUAUAGCUACAUAUUAGUCACAAUAUUAGUAAUUUGUACAAUCUUCGGGCUCGCGACGGAAAUCAACAUCGGGGUCGAGCUCUCUGUGCGGAUGUCGUCACGAAUGUCGCAGGUCGUAUCGACAUGCGACGUGUUGGUGGUGGUGAUCACCGCGGGCGCCGGCGUGUAUGGCGCCCCGAGGAGGAUGCGGGAGAUGCUCAAGUUUAUGAACAACGUCGCGUCGGUGGACACCAGCAUAGGAGCUCAAUAUUCCCUCGCCAACGAGCGCAAACUCUGCGCGGUUCUGCUCGCCAUCCUCAUCUUCUUCACCGUGCUUAUCGCUGACGACUUCUGCUUUUAUGUGCUGCAGGCCAAGAAGAUUAACAGAGAAUGGGACAUAGUGACGAACUACAUCGCCUUCUACCUGCUAUGGUACGUGGUGAUGGUCCUGGAGCUGCAGUUCGCGUUCACCGCGCUGUCCGUGCGCACGCGGUUCCGCGCAGUCAACGACGCCAUCGCGCUCACGGCGCGACACGUCGCCAUACCGCUGGAAAAGUUGGAACAACCAGCACCCGUCAAUAUGUUCGCGAUCCGCGUCGCUCCGGCCGACGCGCGCCGCUCCGCCAGCAACGUCAGCUUGCUGGUCGACUCGCUACCUGGCGCAGGAGACCACCCCGUCAUCAUUAGGAAAAACGUAAACGGCGAGCCCCGUCUGAUCGUGCCCCCGUGCGAGGCCAUCCGUCGGCUCGCAGCGCUCCACGGCUCCUUGUGCGAGGUGGUGCAGAGGAUCGACAUGAGUUAUGGUCUCCCGCUCAUAGUUAUACUGCUGUCUACGCUGCUGCAUCUUAUUGUCACGCCGUACUUCCUUAUUAUGGAGAUCAUUGUAUCUACGAAUCGAAUCCACUUCUUGGUGCUCCAGUUUCUGUGGUGCGUCACGCACAUGCUGCGCAUGUUCGUCGUGGUAGAGCCAUGUCACUACACCAUUACUGAGGGCAAAAGGACCGAACAGCUGGUGUGCCAGCUGAUAACGUACGCGCCGUCAGGCGGCGCACUUCCCUCGCGGCUGGAGCUGUUCUCGCGGCAGCUCCUGCUGCGCUCCGUCACCUACUCCCCGCUGGGGAUGGCCACGCUGGACCGCCCGCUGGUCGCUUCUGUAAUAGGCGCAGUGACUACGUAUUUGGUCAUUUUAAUACAGUUCCAAAGAUAUGACAGUUAAAAUGAACUGACCCUGUAGGUAUCUAUCGCAUCGUAAGAAGAGGCCACGCAUACAACACACGUCGUAUAUG